ACUUCCUAAAAUACUCUGUUAUGCACCCCACCCACUUUUCCUCUCAAUACAAAACCCCCCAUCAAUCUUCUCUCUCCCAAUUCAAACAAUUCCAAGUCCUUAAACCCUUUUGUUUGCUGUCAUAUACUCAUAUCCUCUUAAUAUCAUCUCUCUUUUACAUCUCAAUUUACAUAAAUACUCUCUCUUCAUAAACUUAAACAUGUGUGGCGGUGCUAUCAUAGCAGACCUCAUACCUCGCCGAGGUGGCAGCCGUGUCACUGCUUCAGACCUCUGGCCUAACUCACCCUUUGCUACCAAACCCAAGAACAACUUUGAGUAUUUUCCUCACGCACAUGACUACUCACUCAAACGACCACAGACUAUCUCUUCAGAAACUGAUCCAGGUAAUGGGCAAGUGGAAAAGAAAGCGAAAAGGCAGAGGAAGAACUUGUACAGAGGAAUAAGGCAACGGCCCUGGGGCAAAUGGGCAGCUGAGAUUCGUGACCCAAGAAAAGGGGUCCGAGUCUGGCUUGGUACCUUCAACACCGCUGAAGAAGCAGCCCGUGCCUACGACAGAGAAGCCCGCAAGAUUCGUGGCAAGAAAGCCAAAGUCAACUUCCCAAACGAAGACGACAGCUUCACCAGCCACCAAUUUCACCAUAAUCCAAAACCUAAUCCCCUUCGUCAUCAACCCCAAACUGGUGAUUUUAGUAAUAAUUUAUCUAAAACAUUUGGUUUGGAGUUUGGUUAUGAUCUGAACCAGAUUGGAGGAUAUGGAGUAGAGAUUGCUGACCAGAUUGUUUCUCCUGUUGGGGACAAUUAUGUCUCUGGUUCUGGUUCUGAGUUUGGCUAUGAUUCAACAGAGGUGCAGAACGUGAAUGAUGCUCAAGUUAAUGUGAAAGAGGAGGAAAUGCGAAAAGCUCAAGAGGAAGAGAACGAAGUGCAGAAGUUGUCAGAGGAGCUAGUUGCAUACGAAAAUUUCAUGAAGUUCUAUCAGAUUCCCUAUCUGGAUGGCCAAUCACCGAUGCCCAAUAGUACUGUCCAAGAAAGUGUUGUUGGUGAUCUUUGGAGCUUUGAUGAUGAAGCCAAUGCUGCCGCCACUUCGAACUCAAUGCCGCUGUAACCAUGCGCCGUUUUUGUUGUUUUUAAUUAUUUGCGUCUUGUAUUGUGUAUAAAUUCCUUGAAAUCGGUCAUUAGUCUGUUGUUCUACGAUUGUGUUUAGAUUCAUAAUUUUAGCUAAGAUUAGCGCUCAUGUUGUUAUGGAGGUUUAAUUUAAUGAAAUUGUACUUAAAUUCGGUAUUUUCUUAUAUUUGCGU